UGUGGCGCAGGAUUUCUGGGAAGCUUGCCCGUGUCCUUGUCCUAUCCGGCACUCUGGCCGACUGACUUGACUGAAGGGCUUGUGCAGCUCCUGUCAAAGCGAUUUGUCCCCGGUCUGUUUUAAGUUCCCGUCCACCUGAAAUUAGACUUAUUUCCAACGUCAUGUUUGCCGCUCGGUUUUUCCUCCGCCGCUCCCUCCCUGCUUUGCGCCAUGCUCGCUGUUACGCCGAGGCGCCAUCCGCAGCGCCGCAGAUGUCCUUCACUUUUGCCUCCCCAAACGAGGUGUUCUUCAGAGAAGCCAGCGUGAAGCAGGUCGACGUCCCGACGCUGACGGGCGCCUUCGGCAUCCUCCCCGCGCACGUCCCCACGCUGCAGGUCCUGCGGCCCGGGGUGGUCACGGUCUUCAGCGAGGAGGGGGCCCCCGCCAAGUACUUCGUGAGCAGUGGGUCAGUCACUGUGAACGCAGACUCCUCUGUGCAGUUGCUGGCCGAAGAAGCCGUUCCUCUCGACAGUCUGGAUCUAGCUGCUGCCAAGGCCAACCUGGAGAAGGCGCAGUCCGAGCUGCUGGGCACCUCUGACGAGGCGGCGCGGGCGGAGAUCCAGAUCACCAUAGAGGCCAACGAGGCCAUCGUGAAGGCCCUGGAGUAGCUGCCGGUCACGGGGUAACGAACUCUGUUGUAUUGAUGUAAAAGUGGACUUAACAACCCAUCUCAGUCCUGAUAUCCUGCCCGGUCAUGUCAAACAACUUUGCUUUGUACAGUGCAUAAGGUUAAUACCAAUAAAUUUAUUUGGAAUAAUC